GCGUGUCCCUCGCCUCCUCCUGUCUCUCCAGCCGUGUGUGUACAUUGUGGAGAGGACGGAUCGCUGGGACUGGUGUGAAGAAGAAAGGAGCGAUGAAGCAGAGCGACUGCCCACGUUCCCGGUGCCCCCCGGUGUGAGCGGCUGGGUGUCGGAAUGGUCUUAUCUGUCGGCCGGCACGGAUGUGAACAUGGAUGACAAGUCCAACAAGCUGCUGCUGGCCCUGGUGAUCGUGUUCUUGUUCGCGGUGAUCGUCCUGCAGUAUGUGUGCCCGGGCACCGAGUGCCAGCAGCUCCGCCUGCAGGCGUUCAGCUCAUCGCUGGUGGACCCGUACUGGGCGGAGGACGAGAGUCCGGCCAAAUUCAGCCCCAAAUUCAAUUUCAGCGCCGAGGAGCUUCUUCGGAAAAUGGACUUCAACAUCAACGGGGACGACCUGAUCGUCUUCCUCCACAUCCAGAAGACCGGGGGCACCACCUUCGGCCGCCACCUGGUCCGCAACAUCCGCCUGGAGCAGCCGUGCGAGUGUAAGGCCGGCCAGAAGAAGUGCACCUGUCACCGGCCCGGUAAGAAGGACACCUGGCUCUUCUCCAGGUUCUCCACCGGCUGGAGCUGCGGGCUGCACGCCGACUGGACCGAACUCACCAACUGUGUGCCCGCUGUGGUGGACAACAAGAAGGAGAUCCGGCUCAGACCCCUCAGGAACUUCUACUACAUAACCAUCCUCCGUGAUCCUGUUUCUCGAUAUUUAAGUGAAUGGAGACAUGUCCAGAGAGGAGCGACCUGGAAGGCUUCUCUCCAUGUAUGUGAUGGAAGAUCCCCAACCUCAGAUGAAUUGCCUAGCUGUUACGCUGGAGAUGAUUGGUCAGGCUGUUCUUUGAAGGAGUUUAUGGAUUGCCCCUAUAAUUUAGCCAAUAACAGACAAGUUCGUAUGUUGGCUGAUUUGAGCUUGGUAGGAUGCUACAACCUAUCUGUGAUGCCUGAGGAGCAGCGAAACAAGGUUCUUCUUGACAGCGCCAAGGAAAACCUCAAGCGCAUGGCUUUUUUUGGUCUGACAGAAUUCCAGAGGAAGACCCAAUAUCUUUUUGAAAAAACUUUUAACAUGAACUUCAUCUCUCCUUUCACUCAGUUCAAUAGCACGAGGGCGUCAAGCGUGGAGAUAGAUGACCUGAUACAGACACGUAUAGAGACAUUGAAUUUUCUAGACAUGGAGUUAUAUGAAUAUGCAAAAGACCUUUUCUUACAAAGAUAUCAAUUUAUGAGACAAAAAGAACACCAGGAAGCAAGACGGAAGCGCCAGGAACAACGGAAAAUCUUGCGAGCAAAACAUGCAAAUCACAAACUGGAUAUGGACAACUCAACUGCUGAUUAUAUAGGAAAUGUAGAGAAAUGGCGGUAGUAGAUUUUAUAGUCUUAGUCUACUAUUAGAACUAUACAAUAAACCGAAAACUGGAGAUAAAACAAAUUAGGCAAUGACCUAUUCCAAAUGAUUUUAAGCUUCGUAUACACUUGAAGCCGAAGAUGUUUAUCAGUUGCCUUUGCAAAUGCCUUUGCAUUCAUUAUUGUAAUUAUACUGUACAUGGGAGUUAGUUGUGUGACUUAGUUCAAAAAGAUUGAAGAGCAAAUGAUAGUCUAUUAGUAGACCUGAUUAUCAAAGAAAUGCAGAAUCCAGUUUGCUUUAUGGCUUUAUCCAGAACACUUCAUCAGACUAUGUUCCAUAUUUACUUUUGUUGUAGAAAAUAAGUUCCCAUUUUAAAUAUCGUAUGACUGGAAAAUAUUCAAUUGAUCAAUUUCUAAAUGCAUUUGUCAGAGACAUGGUUUAGCAGGGGGUGAUAUAACAUUUAUGCAAUCUUGUUUCCUGAAUAAUUGACACAUGGUAACUGGAAUGGUUGACUGUGCUACUUUUUAAAAGACACAAAUGGUUUUUAAAGCAAA